UCAUCAGGCGGUUCUAUUCAAUAACUUUCAGUUUGAAUAUCGGCAACACUGGCAAACCAACCUCAUUUUGAACUCGAAUAAAAUUGGAAAAUCCAAAUAAAUUAAUCAGUGUUUACCAUAAAAUGAGUAUCCGAACAUUUAUGUGCCUGCGGAAAUACAGUUCCGAAACAAAAACUAGCAAAUUUUUUACUACUCCGAUUUAUUACGUGAACGCAAAUCCUCACAUCGGCCAUCUUUACAGCUCUAUAAUCGCGGACGCUGCUCAGAGAUGGCAGAGGCUGUACCAAAAAGGGGCAGACGUAAAGUUUUCAACUGGUACGGAUGAACAUGGAUCAAAAAUUCAGCGGGCCGCUAAUAAAAACGACACGUCUCCGUUGGAAUAUUGCAACAGAAUUUCUUCGCAAUUUCAAAGACUGGCAAAUGAAUUCGAUGUCGAUUAUACGGACUUUAUUAGGACAACUUGUAAUGAACACAAGAAGACUGUGGAGCUGUUUUGGAAAGCCAUAGAAAACAGAGGACAUUUUUACCUCUCCGGCUAUGAGGGAUGGUAUUCCGUUCAAGAUGAAACUUUUUUGAGCAACUCUCAGCUCAAACAAAAACAAGAAAACGAUGGCACUGAAUCUUACAUUUCUGCAGAAAGUGGACAUCCUGUAGAGUGGACUACAGAGCAGAAUUACAUGUUCAAACUGAGCAACUUCAGAAAUGAUCUGGAAUAUUGGAUAAAUAGAAAUGAAAAGGUAAUUCGCCCAAAGAAAUUCCAGAGAAUCCUACUUGAUUUAUUGAACCAGGAAGACGGUCUCCAGGAUCUGUCUGUAUCUCGUCCAACUUCCAGAGUGCAGUGGGGAAUUCCCGUUCCAGGAGAUCCCUCUCAAACUGUAUAUGUUUGGCUCGAUGCAUUAGUAAAUUACCUCACAGUUUCUGGUUAUGGCAGAGAUGAGACAACUUUUCAAAAAUACUGGCCACCUGAAGUACAUGUCAUUGGAAAAGAUAUACUAAA